UGGCGACCGGAGAGAAGAGGCGCUCUUGGCGGCGGCGGCGACGGCUACGGCAGCUUCUGCCGGACCGAGACUGGACCGAGGCCAGGCGGCGCGCAGCUGACGUGCGAAGCCGCGCCGGGAGAGGCGGGAGGGCGGCUCCCGCGCCCGGGAGGAGCCCCUCGGUCCGAACUGCGGCGGCCCAGACCCCGGUCCCCGGUCCCCGGUCCCGGGGCCCCGCCCCUGGGGCCUUGGGACUAAUCGGAUUGAGGGCGCGUUGGCCCGGACCGCAAACUCGCCAGUUGCGGAGGGCGCCGCUCACUACCCAAUCCGAGGCAGACAGGUGCGAGGUCCGGAAGGCGGGAGCCAAUCAACGGCGGUUGCGACCGUUGGGGGCCGGUUUCGGCCAAUAAGGAGGCUCGAGUGACAGCUUGGCGCGCCAAUCGGGAGUGAGGAAGCGGUCGCGCCCGCCCGUCCUUCCGGCCGGAGCUUUAUUUACCCGGGGCGUGCAGCCCGUUUGCCAAUCAGCGCGCGGCCAAGCGGCCGGGCAGCCAACCCCCAAGGAGCCGCCGGCCGGCGUCCUGCCGCACCCAGGAGUUGGGGAUGUCCUACAAGCCCAUCGCCCCCGCCCCCAGCAGCACCCCCGGCUCCAGUACCCCUGGGCCGGGCACUCCGGUCCCUACAGCCGGUAGUGUCCCGUCGCCGUCGGGCUCGGUGCCCGGAGCCGCUGCCCCCUUCAGACCACUGUUUAACGACUUUGGACCGCCCUCCAUGGGCUACGUGCAGGCGAUGAAGCCCCCAGGGGCCCAGGGCUCCCAGAGCACCUACACGGACCUGCUGUCGGUCAUCGAGGAGAUGGGUAAAGAGAUCAGGCCCACCUAUGCCGGCAGCAAGAGCGCCAUGGAGCGCCUCAAGAGAGGCAUCAUCCAUGCCCGGGCCCUAGUCAGAGAGUGUCUGGCCGAGACAGAGCGGAACGCCCGCACGUAACAAGAAGCUCCUCCGCCUCGGCGUCUGGACCUCUCCUAGCCACAGCAGAGCACCUGCUUCUUCCUGGCCUUCACCCCGAGUUGCACUUCCUGUCCUGGGCUUCCUGUCCCGUGUCCCUUGGUGGGAGCCCUCCAGGAACCAGGAGGCAGCUCCCACUCGAGUCAGCAGCACGAGCUGGGGCCCCCUGCAAUAGUUAGCAGUGAGGUCACUUGUGAGUCCCACCCAUGACCUGCUAACAACGUUGACCCUGUGGGAGCUUCCCCAUUCCUGAGGUCCCCCCACUCGGCACUUCCCAGCACUUCUCACCACUUCGUCCCUGAGCCCCUUCUCUCCACGGCAGGCCCUGGCAAGGCCUGUCACCUCCCUGCCUUGACUCCUGGGCCAUAGUGACUCUUUUCUCAGUGUGUCUUUUGCUAAAUAAGUCCUUUUUGUAUAAAUAAAGAAUGAUUUGGAGUUCUUCUCUCA